CUCGUCAAGCCAAUAACAGGUGGCUUCCUUUCCUCCUCUUCUGUUCUUUUAUUCUAGGGUUACAAAGUUUUCCUUCCAUACUUGCCGGCAGCCGUGUGGUCUUGAUAGAGCGACACCGUGCCACCGCGCCACCACCCAACCUUGCAGCCCCAAGUCUGCGUUUCCGCAGAUCCACUGUCCGCACAUAAAGGUGUAUACUCUGCUCAGUUAUAUCAUUUGCUAAUAAUUUUCACUAUCUUUACGACGCCGCCACCGACCCCAAGCCCGCCGUCUGCGCCGCGCACUCCGACGCCGCGGCGGCCCAUCUGAUCAAGAUCAACGGGAGGUUUACUCGUUCGUGUCAAGCUCAAAGGUUGAAACAAACACGAAGGCGCUGAAACAACCCUAAGAAGUAAGAACCAGUGGGCUGCAUUUGUUAACUGGUAUAUUUUAUCCUCCAGAUUUUAUCUCCAUACAGUAGAAGUAAAACAGUAUAUUGUAGCCAUUCGGUUGAGUUCAAAUUGAAAGAGACAAGAUGGCCGGGCAAUCAAACCAUGACCUUUCAUUGUUUUCAGCUGAGGAGCUUGAGUUCAUUGCUGAAGAUGAGAUCGUGGACAUUGUACCCAAUCUCAAAAUGAGUGCUCUCAAUUUCAUUUCUGGAGAUUUUGGCCCAUUUACGCCCCAGAUUGUUACCCAAGUACCACUGUGGUUGGCCACUGCUCUCAAGAAGAGAGGCAAGUGCUCCAUUUGCCCUCCCCAAUGGAUGUCUGUUGAGAAGUUGAGUCAAGUUUUGGAGGCAGAGCGAGACUCUCAAGAGAUGUCAGAUCAAUUGCCAUUUCAUUAUGUGGAAAUCUCAAGACUUCUUUUUGAUCAUGCACGUGACAACAUUCCUGAUGUAUAUAUGGUGAGGUCUCUAAUUGAGGACAUCAGAAAUGUUCGGUUUCAUAAAGUUGAAACUGAUUUGGAAGCAUUUAAUGGUCGUACAAUUGCUGUUAAGAUUAAAAAUUUAUCUGCAAUGGAAGUGAAUAUUGUUCGUCCAUUUAUUGGAAGAGCUUUACAGGCAUUUUAUAAGCAUGAUAGUCCAGAGCUGAUACCAGACCCAGAGAGAGUUUCUGAUAGGCGCCCCCAAGUUAUCAACAAUGCUCCAAGAAGACAACUACGAAGAUAGUCAUUGUCACCUAUUGGUAACAUCUCUUCUAGAAUCAUAAGCAUUUGGCCCGCUUCAAAGGGGCAUCUUUCAUGAGAAAUACUUCACAACUUUCUUUGCUGCUGACUUCAGUGUAAAUGAAUGGCUUGAGACAUGGUCGAAUCUUCAGAAAGUAAUGUUCUCUCAAAAUAUUCUCAUAAUUAUUUGUCAAGAGUCUGAAAAAGCAAAGCACUUCAUGGGAUUAACAUGGCCAUGCCCCCAUAUACUUUAUGUUGUUAAUUCUAUUAGUAGUGUUAAGUAUUUAAUGUCUAUCUUUUGCUUGCUAUUAUAGUGAUUGAGGAUUAAAUACGAAUGCAGGGAGUAUCGGUCAUAUUUUUUA